AUGGAGAGACUACAUAUUACAUUAUUAGUGGUAUCACUGUUGGUUUUACUGUGGGGUGUGGCCGGCCAGUAUGAAUGGCAAAUACGAGAUGCUUUUGACGAGAUACGUGGAAAAGUUGACAAGAUUAAUGCCGACAACUGCAUCAUCAAACAUUUAGAUGACCUAUACUUACCCGAGGACUCGGUUUCCCACCAUCCAGAUGUGAAAGAAAUCAACAUAAACCCCGUGUUUCCGAAUCGUACAGCGAUGUUGCAUUUACACAACAUGGCAAUGAAUCGAGCCUUUUUUUGGAGUUAUAUCCUCCAAUCGAGAUUUAUUCGACCAGCUAUUAACGAUACUUACGAUCCUGGUAUGAUGUACUAUUUCCUUUCGUCUGUAGCCGAUGUGUCAGCUAAUCCGUACAUCAAUGCCAGUUCGAUAUAUUUUUCGCCGAAUAUGUCGUACACUUCUUCGUACCGAGGCUUCUUCAAUAAAACUUUACCUAGAUUUGCACCAAGAGCCUUCAGAGCUGAUGAUUUUAAUGACCCAGUGCACUUACAGAAGAUAUCCACUUUGAACACAUUCCAUGUUGAAGAUCUUGGUGCUUUCGAUCCAGAAAGUUUGUCAAAGGAUUACACAUCAGAGUUCUAUAGGAUUAAUGAGUGGUAUAAGAAAUGGUUGCCUGACCGAGUUGCUAACCGUCAUGACACAAAGACAACUUACCAAGUGGAGAUCAGAUAUGCUAAUAAUACUAAUGAGACAUUCACGUUCCAUGGACCUCCUGGCAAUGAUGAGGUUCCUGGUCCCGUCAAUUGGUCCCGUCCAUACUUUGACUGUGGAAGAUUGAAUAAGUGGCUUGUGGCAGCUGUUUCGCCCGUCGCCGAUAUAUACCCGCGUCAUACCCAGUUCAGACAUAUUGAAUAUCCUACGUACACGGCAGCAGUAGUGAUGGAGAUGGACUAUGAAAGGAUAGACAUAAACCAAUGUCCACCCAGUUUGGGUAACGAUCGACCUAAUAAAUUCGCUUCGACGGCACGUUGCAAAGAAACGACUGAGUGUGAACCUCUCCACGGGUGGGGUUUCCGUCGCGGCGGUUACCAGUGUCGUUGCGCGCCCGGCUUCAGGCUGCCGAGCAUUGUACGGCGGCCGUACCUCGGCGAGAUCAUAGAGCGGGCCACCUCCGACCAGUAUUAUAAUAACUUCGAUUGUAAAAAGAUUGGCUGGGUACAACGUCUACCCGUUCGUUGGGAGCGGGCGCAUCCCUUCCUCCGUGCUAUGUACAUGGAUCAUUACCACGAAUACGUGAACGCCACCAGCGGCCCUGAAGCCUUGCACACGGAGCGAGUUAAUGUCUACGAAGUACUCAACUUUAUCAGAGGUGUACAGGCCAAUAACUGUUCUAAGUACAAUCCAUCAGAUUUGGUGCUCAACGGUGACAUCGCAUUCGGACACGAGGAACAAUUUGAGAACCAGGCUAAGAUGGCGCUGCGACUGGCUAACUUCAUCAGCGCAUUUUUACAGGUGUCAGAUCCGAAGGAAGUGUUUAGCGGCAAUCGUGUAGCUGACAAGCCUUUGACCGAAGAUCAGAUGAUUGGAGAAACUCUAGCGGUGGUUCUCGGCGAUACUAAGAUAUGGUCAGCAGGUACAUACUGGGACAGAAAUAAGUUUACAAACAGAACUUUCUUCGCACCGUUUGCUUACAAAAACGAGUUGAAUACUAGGAAGUAUAAAUUGGAGGACCUCGCCAGACUCAAUAGCACAGAGGAACUGUAUACUAAUAAGCCCUGGUUCCAAUUCUUGAAACAACGCUGGUCAACCAACUUCGACAAUUUGGAACUAUUCUUCCUGAAGAUGAAGAUCCGUGAUGAUAUAUUAGGGAAGUACUUGAAGCGAUACGAGCGUUUCCCUACGUCGUACAGGGCGGCUAGUCUGAAGCAUGGCCACUGGACAAGGCCGUACUUUGACUGCAAUGGACACGUGAAACAAUGGGUCAUCACUUACGCAGCGCCUUUCUUCGGAUGGGACAGUGUUAAAGUUAAACUGGAAUUCAAAGGUGUGGUGGCGGUGACGAUGGCGCUGAUGUCCCUCGACAUCAACCAGUGCCCGGACAGGUCGUACGUGCCGAAUGCAUUCAAAGGGACGGACAAGUGUGAAACCAGUUCGUCAUAUUGUGUACCAAUAUCCGGCCGAGGGUUCGAAGCGGGAGGCUACAAAUGCGAGUGUCUUCAAGGCUUCGAAUACCCGUUCGAGGACCCGAUCACCUACUAUGACGGUCAGAUCGUGGAGGCGGAGUUCCAGAACAUAAUUAUGGAUAAGGAAACACGUAUAGACAUGUUCAAGUGCAGGCUUGCGGGCGCCGCGGCCGUACAGAGCAGUGUUGUCAUGCUGCUCGCCGUUUUAUUUGUAGCAUUUAGGUUGAGGUAA